AUGAAUAAGAGUGAGAAGGAAGAUGUGGUGGAAGUAGGAAGUAGCAAAGAUGAUGAAGAGAACUCAAGUGAAGAUGAAGAAACUAGUGGAGAUGGUAAAGAAAGCCCAAAAGAUUUAAUAGAUGAGGAAGAACAGAGUAAACCAGAGAAAGUUGAUAAGGAAGAGGAAAAAAGUGGUUCGCUUAAAGGAGAAAAGAAAGGAGAAGGGAAUGACUCUGGAUCAGAGGAUGAUGGAGAAGAAAAAUCUGAAGACAAGUCUGGUGAUGCAAUAGCAAAAAAGGAUAAGGGGAAAGGCAAUGAUGAGGAGGGAAAGGAUGAAAUGAACAAGAAAGCACAACAGCAAAUAAAAUUCAUGUCUAUGGUGGCAAGAACUUUGGUGGGAGAUGAGAAAGAGAACUACGGUCAUGUCAAUAGGCACAUAUUUUCACGCGAGUUCAUACAAACAAUGGCCACUAAUCCUUUUACGUGGAGUAUAGAAAACCAUGAAUAUGAAAUCUUGCCAAAGCACUUAGGAUAUACUAUUGGAGACUGUGACUUCAUAUUUAGCCCUACCCUUUUCAAUUACCAUUAG